AUGAAGCUGAAGGAUAAUCUAAAAAGGCAACCAUAUAUUGCUGAGGAUGAGGAGAAAGAGGAGGAGACAUCUUUCAUUCCUUUGGUGGCCUCUAAAUCCUCCACCAAUCUGACUUCAAAUGACAAUAAUAUAAAUAACAAAAAUGAGUUUGUGAAAACAGCAAACGAAAAUGACCAAAUGAGACCAAAGAGCACACCUCCAAUGUUGAGAUGCCCCACGAAUAAAGAGGAUAAAAUCUCAUAUACAAAAAAUGAUAUGAUGUAUGCAUCAUCCUUUAAGGACUUAUUGCCACAGUCCUCUCCCAGUCCAGUUUCUAUCUACCAGAGUUUAGCUUAUCCAAAUGUAGUUAAG